AUGGGGCGCAUGUACGGCAACGGCAAGGGCAUGAGCGCCCCCGCCCCCCCCUUCCGCAGAAGGCCCCCCAGCUGGCUGCGGGUGAAGCCCCAGGAGGUGGAGGACCACAUAGUGAAGUUGGCGAGGAAGGGGCAGACUCCCUCUCAGAUCGGCGUCACCCUCAGAGACCAGUUUGGAAUUCCCCAAGUCAAAAGUGUUACUGGCAGCAAAAUUCUGCGCAUUCUGAAGAAGCAAGGAAUAGCUCCUGAGAUCCCUGAGGACUUGUACUUUUUGAUAAAAAAGGCAGUGGCAGUCCGCAAACAUCUCGAGAAAAACAGAAAAGAUGCAGACUCCAAGUUUCGACUAAUUUUGGUGGAGUCCAGAAUCCACCGGCUGGGCCGUUACUACCGGCGCACGAAGCAGCUGCCUGCGACGUGGAAGUACCAGAGUUCCACGGCUUCCGCGCUGGUCGCCUGA